CAGACUGGGCACGGACGGUGGCGGCGGCGCGUGGUGCCCUCGCUCCAUGGUCGACGCUGGGCAGGGCGAGUGGCUGGAGGUCGACCUGGGUUACCCCCGCCUGGUGACCGCCGUGGCGACCCAGGGGCGGCAGGCCAACGGGCAAGGGGUAGAGUACACCCCGGCCUACACCCUCAGCUACUGGCGCCCCGGCAUGGCCACCUUCGUGUCCUACACAGCGCAUCCGAGUUUGGGGAACAAGACGCUCCUGGUGGGGAACAGCGACACCUACACGGAGGUGAAGAACGUGCUCGAGCGGCCCCUCCUCGCCUCAAGGGUGAGGUUGGAGCCCUUCUCCGCCCACCCGAGGGUCGUCUGCGUCAGGCUCGAGUUCUACGGCUGCAACUAUACAGACGGCCUGGUGAGUUACACGGUGGGCGGCAGCAAGAGCAGCGCGGGCGCCGGCGUGGGCGAGGUCACGGGCGUGGGCGAGGGCCUGCUGUACGAUGGGCGUGUCGGAGGCGACGAAGCUGAGGAGUUCGGGGGCGCCGUCAGGGACGACCUGGUGCCGCCCGCCGCGCCCACGCACGACCCCCCGCGCGACCACCGAGGCGACGACACGCGGGUGGAAGGACUGGAACCCGUUCCGGAAACCCCCCUGUCGCUCGUCUUCAACUUCGACGCGAUGCGCCGCUUCAGAGCCAUGCACGUGUUCCUGACGGCAAGCCACCGCGACCAGAAGCCCGCCAUCUCAGCCACCGUCAAAUUUGGCGCCAACUCC